GUUAAAUUAAUGCACUGGAGUUCAACAACGCCAUUUAGUACAGAGUAGCAUCACAUUCCGAUUCACUCAGAUUAUUGCCGAAGAGAAGUAAACAUGACUUUCUGCUACAAAAAGGCAGAGCUUAUCGAAUAACGGAAUCUUUAAGCCAAUCACAUCGCACAGCUGUGGCCAUUUCGGCCAAUCACAGAGCCGCAGACUUCAUCGUCGUCUCACCAGCAACGACCAUCCGCUAGCUGGUUUAGCAUCCGUCCGGAUGAGCGGCUAAGCUACAGGGACACCGACACAUCUGUUCGUCUCUCUGGUGAUGUGUUCCUCCUGAAUUUACUGAAGCCAACAGUCGUCCGAGUGACUAAACCGGAGGCCCGGUCGAAGAUGCAGUUCAUGCUGUUGUUCAGCCGGCAGGGAAAGCUGCGGCUCCAGAAAUGGUACGUGCCCCUGUCCGACAAGGAGAGGAAGAAGAUCUCCAGGGACCUGGUCCAGACCAUACUGGCCCGGAAGCCCAAGAUGUGCAGCUUCUUGGAGUGGCGGGACCUCAAGAUUGUGUACAAGAGAUACGCGAGCCUGUAUUUCUGCUGCGCAGUCGAGGAUCAGGAUAAUGAGCUGAUCACCCUGGAGAUCAUCCACCGAUACGUGGAGCUGCUGGACAAAUAUUUUGGCAGUGUGUGUGAGUUGGAUAUUAUCUUCAACUUUGAGAAGGCCUACUUCAUCCUGGAUGAGUUCCUGCUGGGCGGAGAGGCCCAGGAGACGUCCAAGAAGAACGUGCUGAAGGCCAUCGAGCAGGCCGACCUGCUGCAGGAGGAGGCUGAGGCACCACGCAGCGUUUUGGAGGAAAUUGGGCUGACAUAGAGCAUCAGGCUCCUUCUCCCGGCUGCAGAUCUGGCAACCCUCCACGUCACUAUCCCGCCUUCUCCUGUUGUCCCCUGUGUCAGUGUUGUAUGUAUAUGUCCUGUACUAUCCAGUAAUGUCCUUUUUAAUGUGGUGCCAACUGUGGCUUGAAUGUGUCUCCUAUGUACAAUCUCCCUCGCUGUAUUCCGCUGUACUGUUAAUGUGACUUCACACCAACAGGCUUCUUAAAACUCCACACAGUACAAUGUAGCGACGACAUGAACACUGCAGUCAUAUUGAGAUCAUCUAUCAUCACCGAUUACGGGGUCGUACGUGCCGUUUGGACGGGGACUUUUUACGGUGCUGUUGCAGCCGGUGCUUCUGUGUGUAUAACCGUCUCAUUUGAGUCCGAGCUAAGCAUCCCAAUUCAUGAAAAACAAAUACUCAACGAGGGUCAUUUAAUAUAGAAUUAUAAACUAUUAGGUGCUCUGCCCAACAGGUUUUUACCUUGUUUGUCAAGAGCAAACAUAUUAAACCAUCAUUUUAUUUACUAUAAAUCUUUUUUGGGAUAUAAAAUGUUGGAUUUGUUAAGAGGCACAGUUUGAGGAAAUUUAGUUAUUUGUACUUAUGCGUUAGAUUGAAUAUUUUUGUUUUUCCAGAUGCUUAGAAGGGGACUCUAGAAAUACCUUCAGAACAGCAGCAAGUGUUACUAAAUGAUCAGUUUUUUGUUUUUUUUAACCGUCAUUGUAUAUAUAUAUUUUUCUUUGCUCAGUCGUGACUCCGAUGUAACGGUAAAACACGAGCACCAGCGGGGGCUAAUGCUCAGUGGGAAUCAGACACGUUUACAAUCACAAGUGAAAUUAAACAAUUACCCAUGAUCAAAAUCA